AAGAUAUUAUAAAACUGUCAGUUUAUAAUACAUUUAAAAGCUAAUAUUAUUAUAUGUCAUUAAUUAAUUGUUAGUGUUUCGCCAUUUUAGGCUGUUAAUCCCUGUACAUUUUCACAUAUGUAGAAUUUAAAUGCAGAACACUCAAAAUGUAGUGGAUUUUUACGAUGAAAUUAGAUUUAUAUUAGCCACCAACGGCGAUCGAUUGGAGCCCUUUGAUGAUACUGUUGAAUUAGUGAAUUAUCUCAUAUUGAAUGAAUUAAAAUAUAUACUUACUCAUAUUAAAGACAUAAAUAAAGAAAGAGAAUUUUUAAAUGAAGAUAUUAUAGUGGAAAUUUUUUUAGAUAUUAUCAGAGAUAAUAAAAUUCAAACUCAACGUUUUGUUCAAUGGUUGGCAACAAGAAAAUUAUCUUCAUUAUCUUAUGAUAGCACAAAUAUUGAUAUGAUGGAUAAUACUUUUUCACGAAAGGGAAAAAUAAGAUCUAUUAGUGUAAAGAGAGCAUAUGAAUAUUUAAAAAUCAAUUUUGGAACCUUAGAAAAUGAAAUUAAUGAUUCUAUUAAUAUCAUGGAUAUUGAAAGAAAAGAAAGAUUAGAUUAUAUAUCUUCUAUUUUGUCAUUAUCUCAAUAUUACCAAUUUAAAGAAAUGAAAAAUGCUGGAUUUAUGAAAAGUAAAUCUAAAAUAAAGAAAUGGAUUUUAUCGACGGCAAUAUUUGGCCAUACAUCUGAACAACACGAUCCUCAUACUUGUCUUAGAUUAACUGAUAAUUUCCUAGAAAUAGUGUCAUAUUUUGCCAAAGAAAUUGUUUUAUGUAUAAUUGAUGCUGUUUAUGGGCUCAAAAAACAUGAAAAAAAGGCAAAAUUACCUGCAAUGGGGAACUCAGAUUUUAUGGAAACCAUAAAUUCCAUCCUUAUUAAUACUCCCGUUAAACUCAAUGAUAACAUUCCUAAAAUCACAAAAUCGAUUCCCAAUUUUUAUCGAAUAGGUAUAACGGUACACGAUAUUAAUAACGCUAUUGGUCACCUCUACACUCAAACUAUGUUGAAUGAAUUAAAGACAAAAUAUUCGGUAAUACCCUAUUACACAUUUAAUCACAACAAUAAAGAGGAGAAGAAACUACUAAUUUUAGAACUAACUUGUGGAGUCUCAAACAACAAUCAAAAAAAUAUUUUAUAAUAAUGACAAAUGCUAGACAUUUAAUAUACAAUUUAAUUUGCAAAAAAAUAGCUUCAAUUUUUUUGUAUUAAUUACAAACAUAAUAUAAUUAACAUAUUUAUGUAUAAUUUAUUAAUAGUUCCCAAUCUUUAUUCAUAGCCACUAAUAUAGAAAUAAGAAAAUAAUUAUAUUUAUAUAACAAAUAAAAUAAGUUAUUUAUUGAUUAGCAAAAUAAAAC